UGUGUGGUUAACGCAGACAUUCAGAAAAGAAAGUGAAUUUAAAUUGUAGUUUAAAGGUGAAGCUGGGUUUUGUUUGGUCUAUUUAUUAUUAUUAUGGUGUAAUUGCUCCAUUAGACGUUUAUAAAAGUACAGAAGUGGCGGAACAAUUAUAUUUCUGAUUGUUGUUUCACCAUCACGAAUGCCGAAAAAGUCGGAAAUGAAUGGGCUAUCGUUCAGUGACAUCUGUUGUCUCUUUUGUUGUCCACCGUUUCCCUCUAGAAUUGCUGCAAAAUUGGCGUUUCUCCCACCAGAAUCAACAUAUUCCUUUACUCCUGAUGAAGCUGGAACGAAGUUCACUCUCAAAUUAUCAGAUAGAGCAGAGUGGCAGUAUUCACAGAAAGAAUUAGAAAAUUUUGAGGUGUUUUAUACUCGAACGUCCAGAGGAAAUCGUAUAGCAUGCAUGUAUGUACGUUGUUCUCCUAGUGCAAGAUAUACAGUGCUUUUCAGUCAUGGAAAUGCUGUUGAUUUGGGACAAAUGAGUAGUUUUUACUUAGGUUUGGGAUCUCGGAUAAAUUGUAAUAUAUUUAGUUAUGAUUACUCAGGCUAUGGAAUUAGUAGCGAUAAACCAUACGAAAAAAACUUGUAUGCUGACAUUGAUGCAGCUUGGCAUGCAUUGAGAACAAAAUAUGGUGUGAGCCCAGAAAAUAUUAUUGUUUAUGGUCAAAGUAUAGGAACCGUCCCAACUGUGGACUUGGCGUCGAGGUAUGAAGUGGGUGCAGUUAUUUUACACUCACCUUUGACCUCUGGAAUGAGAGUUGCCUUUCCAAACACCAAAAGAACUUGGUUUUUUGAUGCAUUUCCAAGCAUUGAUAAGAUUCAUAAAGUGACUUCACCAGUACUGGUAAUCCAUGGGACUGAGGAUGAGGUGAUAGAAUUUUCUCACGGUCUUGCUAUUUAUGAGAGAUGUCCUCGAGCAGUGGAACCACUGUGGGUGGAAGGUGCGGGUCACAACGAUGUUGAACUUUAUGGACAAUACCUAGAGCGUCUGAAGCACUUUGUAUCAGUGGAGCUGGUUAACUGACAUCAGGAUAACUCUAGUGUAACCAAUUUAAAGAUUGAACCUGAUAAUCAUGCUCCUUGCUAAUAAUAUUGUGUCAAAAACUAUAGAUUCCUGAAAAAAAAAAAUUAUGAUUCUUGUGCUUUGUACAUGCAAGUACACGUACAUGACUAUUUCAGUCUUUCUUCAAUACAUUGAAAUAUCCAAGUUCUCCCAGUCUGAGACAAAAGCUUAGGAAAGGUUUGGAACAGAAUGAAUGAAGACUGAGAGUUAUUUACUUGCACCUGAAAGAUGUAGUUACUCAUCUGUUGUCUCUAUUUUGCGUCUGUCAGCUCGGCAUUAAGAAUGUGCAGUAAACUGUGAAAACAUGUAUUUGUAUUGUACGUUCUUUUAUUGUUUAAGAAUGAUAAUUAUUGUGUUACGUUUGAGGGAUCUCCUUCCAGUGUCUAAAACUUAUCUGUUUUGAUUCACAUGGGAAUAUUACGUCAAUAAAUAUUUGGUCGAUAGUUUUUGGAUCCUGUUUCUGGAUAAACUGACAGUUAACAUAAUGGAUUGUUUACGAAGGUUUUAAGUUGUAACAAAAACUGUUACAUACUGGUUGUUUUUAUAAUGAGGAAGUGUAGUAUAAAAAUGACCAAAUGAUUUAUUAGUGGUACUAGGUGUUAAUACACUGGCCACAGUUUAUUAAACUAAGCAUGUUAAGUUGUAAUAAAGUGAAAUGUAAAUAGAAGAACAGAAUCAUGCUUUGAAAACAACCAUAAUCUGAUUAUUACCAAAGUCAAGAUUCUAAUAAUCAGAAUAUACUAGAACAAAUGCUAUCCCAACAAUGAAGUCAAUACCUUUAGAAUAGUGAUUAGGCUUACCAGAUUUUGGGUUUUUAUUAAACCUAGACAUUUGAAGUAUGAACUGUGUUUAGAGGAAAGUUGACUAACUUAAUUAGUUUUUUUUCAGUAUGCAUGUAAACAGAAUGGUUGUGGAAACUUUAGAGGCCCCGGACAUACAGAAUGGUUGUGGAAACUUAGAGGCCCCCGGACAUUCUUUCUCAUGCUUUUUCCAUUAGUUACUAUAUUUUACUCAUUGUCUAAGUAAUAACUUGCUUGUUUUUCCAGCUUAAUUUGUAUUUCCAUUAUGUUAAACCUUUGAAAACAAAAUGUCAGUAUUAUUCUUGUUGUAUUAGGUACCAAUUUUAACUUUUGAUCAGAGCAAUCUACUUACUUAGACCAAAAAUAAACAUCAACCGGGUAGUGAGAAUAGCUAAUUAAAUAUACCUACAAGUGUAAGAGUCCAUUGUAGCAUAAGAUGGGAACCUUCACUGUUAGUGAUAUUCUGUACAAGAAGACAAAUGUAUUAUAAUGUAGCAAAAGAUUGGGUUUAAUAUAUAGCUUGAAGAAUUAAAAUUUAUCUAUGAAGUGGUCUGAUGUAGAGAACAAUAUCCUGCUUAAUGUGUGUGAAAAUCAACCGGAAAAUGGUUAGAGAUAAUGAACAGUGUGUGUGAAAGGUGUAAAAGUCAGCUGGAGAGUGAACAAUAUCCUGCUUAAUGUGUGAAAAUUAACUGGAAAAUGGUUAGAGAUAAUGAACAGUGUGUGUAAAAGGUGUAAAAGUCAGCUGGAGAGUGAACAAUAUCCUGCUUAAUGUGUGAAAAUUGGCUGGGAAGUGGUUAGAGAUAAUGAACAGUGUGUGCGUAAGGUGUAAAAGUCAGCUGUAGAGUGAACAAUGUGUGCAUAAGGUGUGAAAAUCAGGUGGGAAGUGGUUAGAGAUAAUGAACAGUGUGUGCGUAAGGUGUAAAAGUCAGCUGGAGAGUGAACAAUGUGUGCAUAAGGUGUGAAUGUAAUUAGAAGAACUGGGGAUAAAAAAAGCGAAAUUAUUUAACAAUAAGAAACUUGUACAAUUACAGAUCUGUUUAACUUUGUGUCAGAUAUGUGAAGUAAUCAUUGAUAAUGGAUGUAGUGGAACAAGAAGGUAAAGAAACAACACAAAAACUGUGAAAUAACCUGAAUCUGUAGCUCUUAACGGAACUCUUUAAAAAUAGAGUUAACACCAAAAGUGCAGGUACUGUGUUCUGGUAUUAAAGAUGAGUCUAGAGGUUUUAUGUGGGUCGGAGUCAUCCACUAGACAUAUCACUAUACCACUUAAUCAUUCUUAACAGUAGAUGGAGCUAUUUGUUUAUCAGUAAAUGUUUGCAUUACAAAUGUGAUUGAGAGCAAUGUAAACUACUGUGUUUUUUGUAAAUUUGUUUCUUAUUUUUGUGAUGGUUAAUCCUGUUCCAUCAGCAUGGAAUGUUUGCACUCUUAUUAUUAAAUAUUUACGAAAAAGAAGAUUUGGGGAAGAAUUUACUCGUGCAUUAAAAUGUUGUCUUAUUGUACUUGGGUCUGAAAUCUCAAGCUUGUAUCAAUAGUGAUUUAUUGCUACUAAUAAGUAUUGGCAGCAUGUUCAUGUACGAAGAUAAGAACUGGUAUCGUUAGACAGUGAAACCUUUUCCGUGUACAAAACACUCAACGGGAAAGAAGUAUUUGACUGAAAUGUAAAAACAUCUUGAAUAAAACAAAAUAUACACAUCUUCAGUUUUUCUGUUGACACUUUGUAAAAGUAACAUUUUUAAGUGUCGAUUUUCUAAUGAGGCUAGUUGAUAUGCUUAAUCUUCAGCAGUGUAGGUUAUGUCUGUGUCAUAACACUUUAACUGGAGGUUAGUGACUUAGUGACAUGGUAUCUAACACUCAGUAGUGUAGGUUUUGUCUGUGUCAUAACACUUUAACUGGAGGUUAGUGACAUGGUAUCUAACCCUCAGUAGUGUAGGUUAUGUCUUGGUCAACACUUUAAUUGGAGGUUAGUGACAUGGUAUCUAACCCUCAGUAGUGUAGGUUAUGUCUUGGUCAACACUUUAAUUGGAGGUUAGUGACAUGGUAUUUAACCCUCAGUUGUGUUGGUUAUGUCUUGGUCAACACUUUAACUGGAGGUUAGUGACAUGGUAUUUAACCCUCAGUAGUGUAGGUUAUGUCUUGGUCAACACUUUAAUUGGAGGUUAGUGACAUGGUAUUUAACCCUCAGUAGUGUAGGUUAUGUCUUGGUCAACACUUUAAUUGGAAGUUAGUAACAUGAUAUUUAACUCUCGGUAGUGUUGGUUAUGUCUGUGUCAACAUUUUUACUGGAGGUUAGUGACAUGGUAUUUAACCCUCAAUAGUGUUGUUUAUGUCUGUCAUCACACCUUGACUUGAGGAUUUAAGGUUAACAUGUUGGUAUGUUUCUUUCUGCAUUCUACAUGAAGACUGUGAUUAACUAAAAUCCUCAGACAUCAACUUGACGGUUGUGAGUUUCCGUUGGAUUUGUUGAACCUUGGGUCAUGUCUUUGAUCAGUAAAGGUUAUAAGAUAAUAAUCUUGUAUUUUUUAUGAACUUGAGAAUAGAUUGCUUAUAAAGAAAGAUAAAUUUGUUUGAGGAAAUAAUUAUUUUUAUUUCCUUUCUUUUGCAUGGCUACUUUCACAUUUUGUUUAACACAUUAAAUACACACACACAAGUAAAAAAUUCUCUUUUAUAAAAACCUAGGAUGUGAGGAUAGCAAUGUUUAUACCAUAGUUUCAUAAUACCCUUACACAUAACAAAUAUCUAGUAACAAACACAGUGUACAACCACCUCAUAAUACCCUUACAUGUAUCAAAUAUCUAGUAACAAACACAGUUUACAACCACCUCAUAAUACCCUUACAUGUAUCAAAUAUCUAGUAAGAAACACAGUAUACAACCACUUCAUAAUACCCUUACAUGUAUCAAAUAUCUAGUAACAAACACAGUAUACAACCACUUCAUAAUACCCUUACAUGUAUUAAAUAUCUAGUAACAAACACAGUAUACAACCACUUCAUAAUACCCUUACAUGUAUCAAAUAUGUAGGAACAAACACAGUUUGCAAACAAUUGAGUUUUGUUAUAAAAAAUCUGCCAGAUGUGAUGGUGUUAAAUUAGUGAAAUAAACCCGUCACGUGGUAGUAUUAAACAUGCAACAGAAAUGUGCUUAAUGAGAAGUCUAUUUACUUGGUAAACAGCAAUGUUUCUAUAACAGCAAUUUACAAAGAAAACUGCGAAUUAGAUCAGAAUAAUUCUCAUAAGUAGUACAACUUUAAGAAAUGAAUCUGUACAAAACUUGUAUACGUAUCUUCCGAUCUUUUUGUGCCUCUAUGUGGAGUAAAUGUGCAACUUUCCAUUCAAGAAAAGUUAAUAAACAACAACAACAGUUUUUUUAAAUGAAGUUAGAGAAAAUUUACCUUUCAUUAUAGUUUAUAAUGUGGCUCACACUUAAGAUGUAUAGGCAUUGCUUUUUCUUUCUCGCAAAACAGUCAGUGAAGAACAAAGAGAAAUGUACUGGAAAUAAAAAUAUUUGUAAUAUAUUUCAGUACUUACCCAUAAGAGGGUUCCUAGUACUAGCAAGAUAUAUUGGGUGUCCAUAAAGUCUGAAAACAUAAGGCAAUUAAAAAAGUUGUAUAUUGGAGCUAUAAUGUGUUUUUUUUUUCCUGCGUCAAUACAUUUUUGAAGGUGAUGCCAAAAGUUUUCACAGUAGGUCAAAAUACAUAUAAUAAAUAAAUAAAUAAAAAGUUAGGACAUUUCCUUAUGUCUCCAGACUUUAUGGACACCAUGUAUAUACAUACCUGUUGCUCUAUUUUUAAGUUAAUUGCUUAGUGUUAGAUUUGACAAUGAGAACUUCUUUGUUGUAGAACCACUUACUAAUGGGUAUGAGGUUUUGUAUUUUGAUUUUAAAUCUUUGUAUAAUUCAGUUUUCGGCACUUGAUAAUAACUAUCAGUGCAUUUGUUAUUUCUACAGUUACAAUUGUUUAAAGUUUUGGUUAUAUAAAAAUGUAACUAUUUUGAAUUUAAGUUGAAAGAUACUUUGAAUCGAUUUCAUUGUUUCCGUUAAGUUCAUUUUAGUACAAUGAUGUUUAAGGUGAACAUUUUUGAGUUGAUUGUAGUAGGACCACUUUUAUUUCUGUGUGAUAUUACAUAGAAAUACAUGUGGCUUACUAUAUUUCUAAGAAUUUAACACCUUCAUUAUGGACUAGUUCUCAGUUCUCAUAAAUCUGACUUGUAAUAGCCACUUCAAGUUAUACAGGUUUAGAAUAUCAACUUGGAAAAGUAGUAUUACAUGAAGUUCAGGUUUGGCAGAUAAUGACAUGUUUGUUACCAAUAUUAACAACAGAUUGAUAAUGACAUGUUUGUUACCAAUAUUAACAACAGAUUGAUAAUGACAUGUUUGUUUCCAAUAUUAACAACAGAUUGAUAAUGACAUGUUUGUUUCCAAUAUUAACAACAGAUUGAUAAUGAGACGUUUGUUUCCAAUAUUAACAACAGAUUGAUAAUGAGACGUUUGUUUCCAAUAUUAACAACAGAUUGAUAAUGAGACGUUUGUUUCCAAUAUUAACAACAGAUUGAUAAUGAGAUGUUUGUUUCCAAUAUUAACAACAGAUUGAUAAUGAGACGUUUGUUUCCAAUAUUAACAACAGAUUGAUAAUGAGACGUUUGUUUCCAAUAUUAACAACAGAUUGAUAAUGACACGUUUGUUUCCAAUAUUAACAACAGAUUGAUAAAAGUGUGCUUCAUAGGUGAUAACACACGUUUUAAAUGUUUCAGGUAUUAACAACAUAUUGGUAGAAGUGUAUAAUGUAUCCAGGGUGGUUAAUGCAUAGCACCUGCUUAUUGUGUCUGAUAUAACUUUGAAAUGUACGCGUGUGUAUGUGUUAUAGAACUAUGAAGGCUACUACUGUUUACGUAAUAUAUAUAUAUUUUGUAAGUUGCCUAUGUGAUUGUGAAACAAUGAAUAUUUAUGUGUAUUAUUUUAUUUUGUUUAAGAAUUUAGUUUUUCAGAUUUGAACUUCUUAUUGUAGCUUAUUUUUGAAAUGAUAAAGUAAUCCAGUAUAAAGGAUAAUUAGUUUUCAGUUUUGAAAUACUUUUUAAUGACUCUCGUGUAAGCUUGUUGUGACUAUGUCUGUUUCUGUUAAUAAUGUGGUUGUGGGUAUACAGAUCAUUGUAUAUUUAUUACUGUGUCAUGAUUUCAAUUGGUAAUGUUUAUAUUCUUCUAAGUCUCUGAUGUUCAACAGCAGGCUAGAGUAUCUUCUUUUUCUCAGCCUGA